GAGGCGGCGUCGCCGGACUCUCCGGAAGGAGACGUGGCGGCGGUUGGGUCCCUCGCUCCCGGCACGCUUUGUAAUCCCGCCGCCGCCGCCGCCUCCUCCGCCGCCGCCGCCGCCGCCUCCUCUUCCUCCUCCUCCACCUCUUCCUCCGCCCGAUCUCUUUGAGCCGAGGAGGCUGUGGCGGCGGCCGGAGAAGGCGGCGGCGGAGGAUGGCAGGAGGGGGCGGCGGCGCGCGGAGCCCGGGGGCCGGGCCGCUGGUGCUGGUGCUCUGCGGCCUCCUGGAGGCGGCCGGCGGCGGCCGAGCGCUGCCCCCGCUCAGCGACGACGUGCCCUUCCGCGUCAACUGGCCCGGCACCGACUUCUCUCUGCCCACAACCGGAGUUUUAUAUAAAGAAGAUAAUUAUGUCAUCAUGACAACUGCACAUAAGGAAAAAUAUAAAUGCAUACUUCCCCUUGUGACAAGUGGGGAUGAGGAAGAAGAAAAAGACUACAAAGGCCCUAAUCCAAGAGAGCUUUUGGAACCACUAUUCAAACAAAGCAGUUGCUCCUACAGAAUUGAGUCUUACUGGACUUAUGAAGUAUGUCAUGGAAAACACAUCCGACAGUACCAUGAAGAGAAAGAAACUGGUCAGAAAAUAAAUAUUCAUGAGUACUACCUUGGGAAUAUGUUGGCUAAGAACCUUCUAUCUGAAAAAGAACAAGAAGCAGAAGAAAAGGAAAAAUCAAAUGAGAUUCCCACUAAAAAUAUCGAAGGUCAGAUGACACCCUACUAUCCUGUGGGAAUGGGAAAUGGUACACCUUGUAGUUUGAAACAGAACCGGCCCAGAUCAAGUACUGUGAUGUACAUAUGUCAUCCUGAAUCUAAGCAUGAAAUUCUUUCAGUAGCUGAAGUUACAACUUGUGAAUAUGAAGUUGUCAUUUUGACACCACUCUUGUGCAAUCAUCCUAAAUAUAGGUUCAGAGCAUCUCCUGUAAAUGACAUAUUUUGCCAAUCACUGCCAGGAUCUCCAUUUAAACCUCUCACACUGAGACAGUUGGAGCAACAGGAAGAAAUACUAAGGGUUCCUUUUAGGAGAAGUAAAGAGGAAGAUUUGCAGUCAACUAAAGAAGAAAGAUUUCCAGCAAUCCACAAAACUAUUACUAUUGGCUCCCAGCCAAUGUUCACUGUUGGAACAACCCAUAUAUCCAAGCUAACAGAUGAUCAACUUAUAAAAGAGUUCCUUAGUGGUUCUUACUGCUUUCACGGGGGUGUUGGCUGGUGGAAAUAUGAAUUCUGCUAUGGCAAACAUGUACAUCAGUACCAUGAGGACAAGGACAGUGGGAAAACCUCUGUGGUUGUAGGCACAUGGAACCAGGAAGAGCAUAUUGAAUGGGCGAAGAAGAACACUGCUAGAGCUUAUCAUCUCCAAGACGAUGGUACCCAGACAGUCAGGAUGGUGUCACAUUUUUACGGGAAUGGAGAUGUUUGUGAUAUAACUGAUAAACCAAGACAGGUGACUGUAAAACUAAAAUGUAAAGAAUCAGAUUCUCCCCAUGCUGUUACUGUAUAUAUGCUAGAGCCUCACUCCUGUCAGUAUAUUCUUGGGGUUGAAUCUCCAGUGAUUUGUAAAAUCUUAGACACUGCAGAUGAAAAUGGGCUACUUUCUCUCCCCAACUAAAGGAUAUUAAAAUUGAAGGGGAAAAAAAAAAUCCAUUGAAAGUCAUGCUGAUUUCUGUCUGACCAUGCGUCUCAGUACAGUGUUCUCAGACAUGGGACCUCAUCUAACAAAUGCUAUAAAAGGACUCAACCACUCUGUCAUUAUAUUAUAUAUGUAUAUAUAAGAGCUUAUUCAUAAACUUCUAAGGCAGA